UUUAGCAUAGACUAUAUCUGAACGGCCAUGCUUAUCUAUAUUGUCUGUGACAUUUCCGAAGCGAAUGUGUUCGCUGCCAUUUUCUAUUGAACAAUUUUUGAGGAAAAUAUAAUUUGAACAAACCAAAAGUAAAAUGCCUGAAAUGAUCAAAUCACCAGCCGACAUCAAAACCGCUCCUUUUGAUCCGCGGUUCCCUAACCAGAAUCAGACAAGGCACUGCUAUCAAAGCUACCUUGACUUCCACCGAUGCCAGAAGGUCCGAGGUGAAAAUUACGAGCCCUGCAACUACUUCAAACGUGUAUACAAAUCCCUUUGCCCUAAUGAGUGGGUCGACAAGUGGGACGGACAACGCGCCGAUGGCACUUUCCCUGGCAGAAUAUAAAUUCUAAACUCAUCCAGAGCAGUUUAGACCUAUUAUUUUAUAUUUUUAAUUUCCUUUAGGCUGCGUAAUUAGAAUAAAUGAGUUAACAGUUAA